AUGAGCUACUACGGCAGCUACUAUGGAGGCCUGGGCUAUGGCUACGGAGGCUUCGGUGGCCUGGGCUAUGGCUAUGGCUGUGGAUGUGGCAGCUUCCGCAGACUGGGCUAUGGCUGUGGCUAUGGAGGCUACGGCUAUGGCUGCUGCCGUCCGUCAUGCUAUGGAGGAUAUGGAUUCUCCCACUUCUACUAA